AUCAUUACCUAAACAAAACAGUGUCUUGGAGGGAUGCGUUGGAUAAGUCAGUAAAAUGUCUAAGAUUCCCUUAUGCCGAAUGAGAAAUGGCUUACAAAUUCGUAGAAUUGUCAAUGGGAUGUGGCAAGUUUCAGGGGCGCAUGGACCCAUCGAUGAAGGAAGGGCAGUGAACGAAAUGUUUUCGUAUUUUGACGCAGGUCUUACAACAUUUGACAUGGCCGACAUAUACGGUCCGGCCGAAGAAAUCUUUGGCAAAUUUCUACGUGAAUUAGAGUCUGAACGUGGUUCUCAUGCUAGAGAACAAAUACAAGCCUUAACUAAAUGGGUUCCUUUGCCUGGUGUAAUGACAAGAAAUGUAGUUGAAGCAAGCAUUGAAAAGUCCAUGAAGCGAAUGGGUGUGGACAAGUUGGAUAUGGUGCAGUUUCAUUGGUGGGAUUACUCUGACAAAAGGUACCUAGAUGCAUUAAUACAUCUUGCAGAACUUAAAGACAUUGGUAAAAUUGGGGAAUUAUCCUUAACAAACUUUGAUACUUGCCAUUUGGAAGAAAUCACAAAAAUGGGAAUUCAAAUUUCAAGUAAUCAAAUUCAGUACUCAGUAAUUGAUAACYGACCUUCUAUAAAAAUGUCAAAGUUAUGUGAAGAAAAUGGGAUAUCACUACUUACCUAUGGAACUGUGGCUGGUGGGUUCCUAUCUGAAAAAUACUUGAAGCAUAAAGAACCCAGAAAAGAGGAGCUUUAUACAGCAUCUCUUCAAAAAUACAAACAAAUGAUCAAUGCAUGGGGUGGAUGGAGUUUAUUUCAGGAACUGCUCUCAGCCCUUGAUAAGAUUGCCAAAUCUCAUGGACCAGACGUAAGUAUAGCCAAUGUGGCAUCACGCUACAUUCUAGACCAACCUGCUGUUGCAGGCAUCAUUAUAGGAUGUCGUCUUGGAGUGCCAGGUGCACAACAUAUAGAAGAUAAUUUAAAGACUUUAGAUUUGAAGUUAACAUCAGAUGAUUUUGAAACUGUGCAAAAGGUUUGUAAGAAAGGUCAUGAUUUGUUCAAAGCAACUGGAGAUUGUGGUGAUGAAUAUAGAUAAAGAUAAAUUAUUAAAUUUCUACUACUGCAAGAAAUAAUAUUUUCAGUGUGUAAAUAAUAUUUUUCUAACAUAUUGUAUACUAAUUUAUUAUUGUAUGUUUUAUGCAAGAUAUUUUGUAUUAUAGUUCUAUCUUUGUUCCAAUCUAUUAAAGAUAUAUAAAAUUA